AUGGGCCUUAGCGAUAAGUAUUUCUUCGUGAAGGUGACUGGCAAAGUGGUGGUGCAUGCAAAAGAUCCAUGGAAUGAGCACUGGUUACCCUUUACCAACCUUGAUCUUCUUGUGCCACCUUUUGAUGUUGGCUCUUUCUUUUGCUACAAGAAACCCUCAAAUGGCAGUUUCUCCAACAAGCUAAACAUACUCAAGGCUUCCUUAUCUCGUGCUCUUGCACUUUACUACCCGCUUGCCGGUGAGAUCCUAUGGAAUGCAGCGGCUGGAGGGAAUCAAAUCCGCUGCAAUAACCGUGGUGUUGACUUCGUUGAAGCGGUUGCAGAUGUGGAGCUCAAGGAACUCAAUUUGUACAAUCCAGAUGAGAGCAUUGAAGGUAAAUUGAUGCCCAAGAAGCUGCAUGGGGUGCUUGCCAUCCAGGUUACUGAGUUAAAAUGUGGAGGCAUGGUGAUAGGGUGCAUGUUUGAUCACCGGGCAGCUGACGGGUACUCAGCCAACAUGUUUAUCUCAUCAUGGGCGGACAUAGCUCGAUCCAAAACCCCAUCUAUGAUACCCUCUUUUCAAAGGUCCAUUCUCAAUUCAAGGUGCCCAACAACUUAUUCACCAUCAAUCAGUGAUGUGUUUUCUUUAUUUGAACCACCAACAAAGCAAGACCAUGAUGGAGACGAUAUAAACGGUGAUCAUGCACUCAUUAGCCGCGUAUAUUACAUUGAGGGUGAUCAGCUUAGCAAACUACAAUUGUUGGCAAGUGAAAACGGUAAAAGGAGGUCAAAGCUAGAGGCAUUCACCUCCUUCUUGUGGAAGAUAGUUGCAUUGAGCAUGGAAGACUCGGGUAACCACAACAAAUUAUGUAACGUGGCUCUUGCGGUUGAUGGACGGAGUAGGUUGAGUGAAGGAGAUGGAGAAGAGAAACAAAAACAAAUGGCUUCUCACUUUGGCAAUGUUCUAUCAAUGCCAUCUGGGUCGAAAAGAUCACAGGAAUUGAAGCAGAUGUCAUUGAGCAAUAUAGCGACGGAAGUUCAUGAGUUCUUGCAAACAGCUACCACGAAAGACCAUUUCUUGGAUGUAAUAGACUGGGUUGAAGAACGCCGCACAUUGCCGCUAGUAGCAAAAGCAUUUGCUAACAAAGAAAUGUCGGUGAUGGUGUCAACCGGAACACGAUUUCACAUUAUGGACAAGAUGGAUUUCGGGUGGGGUAAGGUGGUGUUUGGAUCAUGUCAUGUCCCAACUGGCAGGCAAGACUGUUAG